CAAAUCUAAUGUGUAAAUAAUAUCAAGUGUUUGGUGAAUAAUUGGUCUGAUCAAGGAUGAGCAGCCGAGCAAAACAAAGAUUUCGAUAAUCAACCUGGAGACUUGACACACGCCGAUUGACCUAUUUUUAAAAUGGCGCCAACAGCUGAUUGAGGGCGAAAAGCCGGUCUGCGCUUUGUUUAUUUCGCAAAUCGUCGCUGAUUACUCGGCUUGGCCUGUUUGAUCGAUACUUCCCCCGCUUCCGAAUGAUUCCCGAGGUGUUGAAACACCUUUCGUGUGGGCCCGGGCCAUAAAAUCACGCAAUCCCAUCGAGGACAUGCCAUCACACACUCCUUGGCGGAGCCGCGGCGAUGACAGACUUUCUGGAUCAGUUGCCCAAGCACAUCAGGGAUAUUGCGCUGCAGGUUAAUGUCCUGGCCCCGGAGGAGGUGCUGACAACGCCGAAGAUCCGCUUCCUGGACACGCGCUCCAAAUCGCUGUACACGCUGGUGCGGAAGUGCACGCCGGAGGAUGUGCGGGUGCUCAAGGAUGCGGCAGCCAAGUGGUUGGCAGAGAUGCCGCAGACGGCCGACUCCCUGUUCAAGCCCCUGGCCAAUGUAAGAUGGUCGCGUGUCUCCUUUGGCUGCUCAGCCUUGGAUCGCUGCACUGGUGGCGGUGUGGUCACUCGAGGCAUCACCGAACUCUGCGGAGCUUCGGGUGUGGGCAAGACGCAGCUCCUACUCCAGCUGGCCUUGUGUGUCCAGCUGCCCACUGAGCUGGGUGGAUUGGGCAAGGGUGUGGCCUACAUAUGCACGGAGGAUGCCUUUCCGGCAAGACGUCUGUUGCAGAUGAGCAAGGCCUGCGAGAAGCGACAUCCCCAGGAGAAGCUCAAUUUUCUGGGCAACAUUUUUGUGGAGCAUCAUUACGAAACGGAACCCCUGCUAAAUUGCGUGAAGAAUCGCCUGCCCCGUUUGAUGCAGCAGCAUGGCAUUGGCCUGAUCAUCAUUGAUUCCGUGGCGGCUAUCUUCCGGCUUUACACUGAUUACCUGGAGCGAGCACGGGAGAUGCGUCGUUUUGCCAACGCUCUGUUAACCCACGCGGACAAGUUCAACUGCGCUGUAGUGUGCGUAAAUCAGGUGGCCUCCAGUGCCGUCAAGGAGGAGAUACCCUGCCUGGGACUGCAGUGGGCCCACCUGGGACGUACCCGUCUGAGAGUUUCACGCGUGCCCAAGCAGCAUAGAGCGGCGGAUCAGCUGCUGACGGUUAGGAAGCUGGAGAUUCUCUACUCCCCGGAGACACCCAAUGAUUUUGCCGAGUUCCUUAUCACGGCCGAUGGCGUGGUCGAUGUUCCCGAGCCUCAGUUCACCCGCCCGCCAGCCAAAAUGCGUCGCCUGUGAUCGAUUGAAUUUUAAUCUGUUUAUUUUGUUUUUCAUCUUUUUUGUUUUCGUUUAAUUUGUUUGAAUUUAAAAUGUGUAAUGGCGGAAUCUGUUCAGCCAUUAUAAUUUGUUUCUAUUUUAAUUUAAUUUAAGGGAAUUUGAAAUAAUUAAGCAAAGUACUUUAAAGGAAAUUCAUACAAAUUCUUUUUUUUAUGAAAAAAAAAACUAGACAUUUAAACAAAAUUAAGUUAUUUAGUUAAGUUAAAAUUGAAUUAAUAAUUUUCAAGUU